GGGUGUAAUAAUGGUUGUCUAUUUCAGUAGUCCCAAAUUUUGGCAAAUUUUACUGUAAACCAGAUAAAUCUAUGUUUAAAACGCGUUUAUUAUUGACCAAUAGUUUAGUAGACCGCUGUCGUUAGGAACGGUAACCGGUAGUUCUUUGAGCGGAGCAAACGAGAAAAUUUAAUAAUAAUUGAUAUCAUACUUUGAGGUUAAGCAAAAUGUUGAAUACGAUUUAAUUAUUUCUAAAAUGGAAAAGAAAAAGGAAAAAAUAGAAGUUGAUCCAGAAUAUAUAGCAACUAGUAAUGCAUUAAAAAUCAAAGAACUUAAAGACCAACAAGCAAAUAAAUUGAGUGCUGAAAAGUUUAUCCAAAUUUUAAAUGAAAUAUUUGACGAGGAAUUAUCGACAAGAGAAAAACAAUUAGAAGAGGUACAAGAAAAGAUAUUUAAGGCACAGAAAUUACUACAUAUAGUGCGUUAUGUCUUAAUAACAUCUUAUUACAAGAAGAGUAAUUUAGAAGUACCUCCGGAUGAAGAAGUUAUCACUCCAGGAUUUGAUAAACAAAACAGAAUCCAUCCAGCCGUUAGAAAAUUACUGGGAAAUAACCCAAGUUUAGAUAUUUUCUGUGCUGGGAAAGGCAAACGUAGAGUUGCUUCCAAAAACUGUGAUAAAAGUGAUCCUAAAGAUGUACCAUCUGAAGUUAAAAAACCUAAAUUAGAUAUAAAAUCUGAAGUUCCGAAUCCACAAGCUAGUGAUCAAAUUAUAUUAAAAAAUAGAAAGAAGACGAGGCAUAGAUUAAUAAUUGGUAAUGUUUCAAAAUGGGUACCUUCUCUAGAGGAUAACACUACACAUAAAUGGAUGAUGUAUCUAAGAGGAGAGAAAGACAAUCCUGAUAUAUCACAUAUUGUGGAUAAAGUGAUUUUUCAUUUACAUCCAUCUUAUAAACCUCAUGAUGUCAUUGAAGUUCGAGAAUCUCCAUUUCAUCUUUCUAGACGAGGCUGGGGUGAAUUUCCACUAAGAGUCCAAAUAUUCUUCAAAUGUCCACUUAAUAAACCAGUUAGUAUUGUGCAUAAUCUUAAACUUGAAAAAACAUUCACGGGGCGCCAAACAUUAGGUAAUGAAACUUUGGUAGAUGUAUAUUUACAUGAUAAUAGUUUAGUACAAAAACCGGCUACUAUUACAAAACCUCCCGAAGAAAUGAUUAACAACAAUCUUAACAAUUCAUUUAAUAGUAUAUUUCAAAAUUUUGAUACACAGGUACAGGAGAAAACUGAAUUUGAUUCAGACUAUACUCCUUUAGAUCAAACGUUAAUCGAAUGUGAACCGCCGAAUGAAGAUUAUAUUCUUGUUAAAUCUGAAGUUCCUGAUCAAACAACCACAAAUGUGGAUUUAAUAUCCACUAGAUCUGAUUCAGCUUAUGGAUGCUCUGAUACAGCCUCUAUGAGCUUCGAACAUGAUUACUGUGAUGUGAUAGAAGAGCAAUUUGUAGAUAAUGAGAUAGAAAUGAAAGUUAGUCGACUGUACAAUGCUUUUCUCGAACAUUCCUAUUCUAUUGCUAGCAAAACAGAAGAUUCAGAUAAUGAGAUAGUAAACCAACAUACUGUCACGAGCCAUAAUGUAAAUAUUAACGGAGAAAUCGGAAACAAAUUAAUAUUUGGUUUGGGAGAUAAUUAUCUGAAAGAAUCUAUUCCUACUGUUCAUAAUGUGGUUCCUAAAAAUUUGUUACUACGUCCAACGGAAGCCUCGCGAGUAUUUUUAAUGAAUAACACUGAAAAUGAAAAACAAAUUUUGAGGUUAAAGUUUGGUAUUUCAUUGCCGCAAAAUCGAUUUAAAAAUAUUGGGGAAGCUAUGCCAUAUCUUCUUAAAAGAUUUCCCCUAUGGAAUGAUAAAGUGAAAAAUAGUAAUUUUAAAUCAUUAUACCCCUAUAUAGCAUCUUCACAAGAGGAAUUUGAAAAGUGGCCUUUUAGUAAAAAAUUGAAUUCUGAGUGGAAUCGAGCUAAAGAAAUUAAAUCUAUUUUAACUGAAAGAUUUCCGUCUUUAAAAAAGUGGAGUACACGAGCCAUUUUUAUGUAUGCUCGAUCUCAUAAGUUUUCACCUGUGAUUAGUUCCAGUAAUUUUUUUAAAAACAAAUCGGAAGAUUUGUGCCUGAUUAAUAAGUGCUUUUCGGAAGCAGAAAAAGGAGCAGUCAAUGUUAAUAAACAAUUUCAAAUAGAUGUUAAUGUCGACAUCGAAUCAGAUGGAGAUAAAUCUACGUCUGUUCGGAAAAAAACCUAUAUUGACAUAUCUGACAAUUCUCUUAAGGACCAAUGUGCAUUCGUUAAAGAAACCGCCUUAGAUUGUGGAGUGAUGUUGAGAUCUGAAGAAAUUUCAGAUGGUGUGAUUAUGAAUGGUGCAGAAAGAAUGAUGCUAGAGGCUGUGAAAUGUUUGGCGGAAGGUUUAAUUAGGAGAGCCAACCAUUAUUUAGUCUGUAAGAAAGAUUAUAGGGAAGGGUUCAGUGAAGUUACCUCAAAUGAAAUUGAACUUGGAAUGAAAGAACGGUCUGAAAUUCAAUCAAUAAAAGAAUUUCAAAUUAAGAAACGUGAAAUAGAUUUUUUUUCGUGAAUAUCCAAGACUGUAAUUUUAAAGUAUAAUUUUUAUUUAUCUACUUUAAUUAUGUAUUUAUUUGUAUUUUUAUUGUUUUCUUUUACAUAUUAAAUUUUUAUUCCAG